AUGCCUCGACUGGUGUCAGUCAGGCUACCCUUGAUCCAUUUGUACAUAGACGGUCUGGACCACAACGUCUACAGACCUCCGAUGAGGACAGGAUCGGCCCCCAGAGCCCUAGCAGGGCAGACAAGUGCGGGCAAAAGGAGGCCUGCGCACGGCCUGGUAUGA